CGCGAGAAGGACCGGGACCGAGAACCGAAGGUUCCCACCAGAUCUAUCUCCCCAUCACCUGUUCCUACUGUUCCCCCGGUGCACUCGAGGCACCGCCGCUCUCGCUCCGCGGGGGCGGAGAGAUGGGUAGACCAUAAACCAUCUGGUAGUGUGGAGACCGAGACGGUCAUGCAGCCUCAUGUCCCCAACGCCAUCAAAGUAUCUGUGGCUAGCGAAAAGGCGUUGGCAAAGUGCGACAAGUACAUGCUGACACACCAGCAGCUGGCCUCCGAUGGGGAGAUGGAAACUAAACUCAUUAAGGGUGAUGUCUUUCGGACUCGAGGUGGAGGUCAGUCUGUACAGUUCACAGACAUUGAAACCCUCAGACAGGAGUCUCCUCCCGGAAACGGCCGCAAGAGGAGAUCCUCUGAAACGAAUCGGCCUCCACCGGCAGAAAGUACAGAAUCGGAGUGGACAGAUGUGGAGACCAGAUGCUCUGUGGCUGUGGAAAUGAGAGCCGGCUCCAAUCUGGGCCCCGGGUACCAGCACCACGCUCUUCCCAAGCGCAGGAAACCUUGA